GUUUUUGAUUGGCUAAAUUUAAAAGUGAGUUGACGUUUGGCAUCCAUCUGCAUCGUAACGAAUUUUCUACAAAUCAAUUAAAGUAGAAUUAGGAUAAUUUAUUAGUGAACGUGGUAAAAAUGGCCCAAAAUUUCAAUCCGUUUGUGGAGCAACUUCCUGAGAACGUAAAACAGGCCGAAAGUUCGAAAAAAGUAUCAAACGAUAAUCACGCUGUGACAAAAAGAUUACACAAAGAGCUUAUGACGUUGAUGAUGUCUGAAGACAAGAGCAUCUCGGCAUUUCCCGAAGGUGACAACCUAUUCAAGUGGGUAGGUACUAUAAUGGGGCCCAAAGACACGGUUUAUGAAAAUCUGAAAUAUAAACUAAGUUUACAAUUCCCCAACUCGUACCCUUACACAGCCCCUGUAGUCAAAUUCAUCACACCUUGUUUUCACCCCAAUGUGGACACAAGUGGUAACAUCUGCUUAGAUAUUUUAAAAGAGAAGUGGUCAGCUCUUUACGACGUUAGAACAAUUUUGUUAUCAAUUCAAGCCUUAUUAGGUGAACCAAACACUAGGAGUCCAUUAAAUACGACGGCCGCGGAUAAGUGGAAGAAAAAAGAAGAGUACAAAAAACUUGUGUUAGAGUCAUACAAGGAAGUCUAGGUUUGAUCUCAUUAGCAAAAAUUUCAGUUAUUUAAGAUGUCAUUGUGUAAUAAUAGACUGCAUAUUCAUAUUGUGUUAUAUAAUUUUUACUAUUUCUCGUGUGUUAUGACUUGAAUAAAAAAGAUCAGUUUAA